CAACACCUCCUCCUAAGAAGAUGAUGCGAUCGGCUUCGCGGACGACAAGUGCUCCCGCCGACAUGCCUGGUUCAGAGCUUCUACCGGAGGUGGCAGAGCAGGAAUUCGGUGAGAUGUCCGAUUCGUCUGUUUCUUCCAACGACUCCUUUGGACAGACGACGGAGAGAAUUCGGGAUGUUACAACGACUCCUCAGGUUGCUCCUCAGUCGGCCAACACGCCUACCACAACGCCGACAGCGGCACGAACAACUCCUUCAGGAGGUAAUGGUCACAGCCGGGAUAGACAUCCGCCGCAUUAUGGUUCCCGGGGAGACCAGCAGAAACCAACCGCACCACCCCUAUUCAACCUCUCCGCCGCAGACUCCGAAGCAUACCGGAAGCGUUCAUCCAGCGUCACCGGCGUUCCGGGCUACUUCACCUCAACCCCUUCCACAACCGCCUCCCGUCUCCCCCAAUCACCACCAAUCACCCUCCCUCCAAUCCUCCCAACCCUCGAAAACCGCUCCAGUCCCACGAAAUCAGCGAGUACGAAACAAAAGUUGUUCAGUCGACCGAGUAAGAUCGUGACGAAUGCGGCGCAUGGGCUAGCACAUACGAUGAGUCAGGCUAAAUCACCCACCAGCCCGAUCUUUUCUCGGGGAGGGAGUAGUGGAGGUGGCCAUGGUGGGGGGCAUUCGCAUAGUUUGGGGCCAUUGCAUAUUCACCAUCUACAUCGACACGAUUCAGACGCGAGCACUGCGCACACACCCGAGUAUGGACCACCAGGAUCCCUCUACGCAAGUACAGUCAACACCCCAUCCCCCGGCGCCGCACCCUCUCCACCCAUCCUCCCCCUCGCACCCACAGCCCCUCCCCAAAAAUCCCGGAAUCCUCUCCUGAGAACCCGAAAAGACUCGAAUCCAUCCCUCCUGAGUUCCGCACACAGUAUCAUCUCCUCUCACCGCCCCUCUCUCGAUCUCCUGGGCCGUCCCAGUCUCGAUACCUUGGGCGGCGGCGGGGCCCUUCCUAAUUCGCCAUCGAGUAGUAUGUUCGGACCCCUCCAACUCCAGAAAUCAAUUUCCACGCUCGAUAUCCGCUCAGCAUCCGCACACGCAACCUCCUCCACCUACGACUCCUGGCUCACAUCCGAUGUGUGGCCUUUGCUCAGUGCCCGGGUGCUGCCGUUGUUUAGUGGCGAGGGGUUGAGGGUACCGGUUGAGGAUUUGAAUAAGUUGAUGAUUUCGCAUAUUAGGAGGUGUGUGGGGGAUAACACCACGUACACCCUCCUCGACGACCUCCAUGACUUACUGGAGGUGGGUAUGACAUCCCUCAACCAACCGCCUCUCACAUCCUCCUCCCUCCCCCCCGAACGACUCAUCCCCCGCCUCGUCGAGGUGUGGGAAUUCUUUUUUGGACGGGUGUUACCCUAUCUCGAGGCCGUGUUUUUGCCGUUACAGAAAGAGUGGAAGGGUGUCGGGAGUGUGUUGAGUGAGAGGGGGAGUGAGAUGGUGUGGGGGGCUGAGAGGGGGGAAAUUGAUAUCAGGAGGAUUGCAUUGAUGGAGUUUAGGGAUGUGGUUAUUCUGCCGAAUCAGAAGGUGUUUGAGAGGCUACAUGGGGUCUUUUCGAGUUUGAGACUCGAUAUUGAUUCUGCGCAGAAUAUCACUGAUACCGCUAGUCGGUUACUACAGUGUGUAUCGGUCCUUGCCUCGAUCCUAUCUGGGGACGAGAAGCAGGCGGGUAUGGAUAAACGUGCGUUCUCCUUCUCUUCUUCAACUCCUUUCCUUGGUUCUAUACUAAUGGUGCGAUGUAGUUGCCAGAACGCUAAAAGAUAACUGGUUCCGUCGCAGGUUGGGGGGUGACCGCAGAGGCUUCGUGGGUGAGAAAAGGGGCGAGAGGAUUAAAGCCGGUCGAUGAUUUCUUUAAACUGACGCUCGAGUUUUCCUUUCAUGAUUCGUGGUGGGAGUGAUGAUGCGGGGUUUGGCUUGGUCUUCGGUCCAGCCGUCGACGUUGCAGUUGUGGCCUUUGUUUUCUGCUUUGGUUUGGUGACGGUGUUGGCGUUCUUUGAGAUUCGUCCGGUAUGCGCAAUAUGACCUUGACGCUUUGCAUUCCGUCGUUCGGUGCGGUGUGUGCCUUUGGUGUGUAGUUUGUCGUAUUCAGCGGCGGUUUGGUCGGCGUACUCUUCCAGACCAGAGAGUCAAAGCUCCUCAU